ACGUUGCGUGCUCGCUCGCGCCAGGCGAGUGUCCGCGUCUCCCUCACGAACUCCGUGAAAGGAAUUGGCGCCGUUCGACACCAGGCGGGUCCGCUCUGCAGCAGGAACCCUCCUCCACCCGCAGCCGCAGCCGCCGCCCGGGCCGAAAAGCAGUCGCAGCAGCCGCCGCCAGUGGCCGAGUGAGCGGAGCCGAGUUUGAGCCAGCGCCUAGCGGUGAAUCGAGGCCCUCACCAUGAGUUCCUCGCCUGUUAAUGUAAAAAAGCUGAAGGUGUCGGAGCUGAAAGAGGAGCUCAAGAAGCGGCGCCUUUCCGACAAGGGCCUUAAGGCCGACCUCAUGGAGCGGCUCCAGGCCGCGCUGGACAACGAGGAGGCCGGCCGUCCCGCCAUGGAGCCCGGGAACGGCAGCCUAGACCUGGGCGGGGAUUCCGCCGGGCGCUCGGGAGCAGGCCUCGAGCAGGAGGCCGCGACUGGCGGCGACGAAGAGGAGGAGGAGGAAGAGGAGGAGGAAGGGAUCGCCGCCCUGGAUGGCGACCAGAUGGAGCUAGGGGAGGAGAACGGGGCCGCGGGGGCGGCCGACUCGGGCCCGAUGGAAGAGGAGGAGGCCGCCUCGGAGGACGAGAACGGCGACGACCAGGGUUUCCAGGAGGGGGAGGAUGAGCUCGGAGAGGAGGAGGAAGGCGCGGGCGACGAGAACGGGCACGGGGAGCAGCAGGCUCAACCGCCGGCGGCGCCGCAGCAACAGCCCCAACAGCAGCGCGGGGCCGCGAAGGAGGCCGCGGGGAAGAGCAGCGGCCCCACUUCGCUGCUCGCGGUGACGGUGGCGCCACCCGGGGCCAGCCAGGGCCAGCAGCAGUCGGGAGGUAAGAAGAAGGUGGAAGGUGGCGGAGGCGGCGGUCGCCCCGGGGCUCCGGCGGCGGGAGACGGCAAAACAGAGCAGAAAGGCGGAGAUAAAAAGAGAGGUGUUAAACGACCUCGGGAAGACCAUGGCCGUGGAUAUUUUGAGUACAUUGAAGAGAACAAGUAUAGCAGAGCCAAGUCUCCUCAGCCACCUGUUGAAGAAGAAGAUGAACACUUCGAUGACACAGUGGUUUGUCUUGACACUUAUAAUUGUGAUCUACAUUUUAAAAUAUCAAGAGAUCGCCUCAGUGCUUCUUCCCUUACUAUGGAGAGUUUUGCUUUUCUUUGGGCUGGAGGAAGGGCUUCUUACGGUGUGUCAAAAGGCAAAGUCUGUUUUGAAAUGAAGGUUACAGAGAAGAUCCCAGUAAGGCAUUUAUAUACAAAAGAUAUUGACAUACAUGAAGUUCGGAUUGGCUGGUCUCUAACCACAAGUGGAAUGUUACUUGGUGAAGAAGAAUUUUCUUAUGGGUAUUCUCUGAAAGGAAUAAAAACAUGCAACUGUGAGACUGAAGAUUAUGGAGAGAAGUUUGAUGAAAAUGAUGUGAUUACAUGUUUUGCUAACUUCGAAAGUGAUGAAGUAGAACUCUCCUAUGCAAAGAAUGGACAGGAGCUUGGUGUUGCCUUCAAAAUCAGUAAGGAAGUUCUUGCUGGACGGCCACUCUUCCCACAUGUUCUCUGCCACAACUGCGCUGUUGAAUUCAAUUUUGGUCAGAAGGAAAAGCCAUAUUUUCCAAUACCUGAGGACUAUACUUUCAUCCAGAAUGUUCCCUUGGAGGACCGAGUUAGAGGUCCAAAGGGGCCUGAAGAGAAGAAAGACUGUGAAGUGGUUAUGAUGAUUGGCUUGCCAGGAGCUGGAAAAACUACCUGGGUUACUAAACAUGCAGCAGAAAAUCCUGGUAAAUACAACAUUCUUGGAACAAAUACCAUAAUGGACAAAAUGAUGGUGGCAGGUUUUAAGAAGCAAAUGGCGGAUACUGGAAAACUGAACACACUGUUGCAGAGAGCUCCACAGUGUCUUGGAAAGUUCAUUGAGAUUGCUGCCCGUAAGAAGCGAAAUUUCAUUCUGGAUCAGACAAAUGUGUCUGCUGCUGCCCAGAGGAGAAAAAUGUGCCUAUUUGUAGGCUUCCAACGAAAGGCUGUUGUAGUUUGCCCAAAGGAUGAAGACUAUAAGCAAAGAACACAGAAGAAAGCAGAAGUUGAGGGGAAAGACCUACCAGAACAUGCAGUUCUCAAAAUGAAAGGAAACUUUACACUGCCAGAGGUAGCUGAGUGCUUUGAUGAGAUAACCUACGUGGAGCUUCAGAGGGAGGAAGCCCAAAAACUUUUGAAGCAAUAUAAGGAAGAGAGCAAGAAGGCUCUUCACCCAGAAAAGAAACAGAACACUGGCUCAAAGAAGAGCAAUAAGAAUAAGAGUGGCAAGAACCAGUUUAACAGAGGUGGUGGCCAUAGAGGACGUGGUGGAUUCAAUAUGCGUGGUGGAAAUUUCAGAGGAGGAGCUCCUGGGAAUCGUGGUGGAUAUAACAGGGGCAACAUGCCACAGAGAGGUGGUGGCGGAGGCGGAAGUGGUGGAAUUGGCUAUCCGUAUCCUCGUGGCCCUGUUUUUAGCAGCCGAGGUGGUUACUCAAACAGAGGGGGGAACUACAACAGAGGUGGAAUGCCCAACAGAGGGAACUACAACCAGAACUUCAGAGGACGAGGAAACAAUCGUGGCUAUAAAAAUCAAUCUCAGGGCUACAACCAGUGGCAGCAGGGUCAAUUCUGGGGUCAGAAGCCAUGGAGUCAGCAUUAUCACCAAGGAUAUUAUUGAAUACCCAAAUAAAACGAACUGAUACAUAUUUCUCCAAAACCUUCACAAGAA